AUGAAAAGGAAACCCAUUUCAAAUACUGCCUUCCAUACUCCUAGUGAAGAUUUUGAAAUUAUUCCAAGUUCAAAUCCUUGUUCUCAGUUUAGUACAGAAGAUUAUAUGCUUAUGAAAGAGGAACUUGACAAAGAGGAACUAGCUGAUAGAAAUCGACUGCAGCUGGAUUAUUUUCCAGUUGCACUUAAAGAAGGUUUAUAUAUUGAAGAAGAACUUGUUUUCACUAAUAAUUUGACACAGUCUGCUAAACGUCUACCUACUCUGCAAACACUCUUGAGUCGGCUAAGUGUUUUCCAAGUACAAGAUCCCCUUUUAAAUUUUAAAGGUGACAGUUUCAUAGAAGAAGACAUAUUGAGGGAGUGCUUGACUUUCAGAAGGAGUGUGACACCUCAAGAAAAAGGGAUGGAAUUAAGUGAAGAUUUCUGCAAAGUUUCUUUAAAGGAUGAAGAGAUUCCUUUAUUUCUUGUUAAUUUUCAAUUCUGUGAAGCAACAAAUGCAAAGCUGGAUAAGGAGAUUCUCACAUGUUUAGCCCUAAAAUCUUCAUUACAAAUAACUCCAGAAAUUUUAGAAGAUGAAAAUGAAUGUGUCAGAAUAACUAAUGAAAAACUUAACAUGACAAUUAUACCGGAGAUGAUAAAGAGCUCAAAACAUUACUUUACUCAAGAGGUUUAUUCGAGUCAGGGCAAAGAUCUACCAGAAUUCAACAAUCCAAUAAAUUACAUUGGAGAACUUGAGGUGCCAUUAACUCCUCUAUGUAGGAAAGAAAAUAUGCACAUGAAUUCAUUGUAUGUCCACUUAAAACCAGAACCUGUUUCUCCCAUUAAUAAAAGUGAUUUCAUUACAGAAUCUACUUCAAACUAUUUGGAAGGGCUUAUGUGGCAGUCAGAGAAAUACCAGAAUGCUAUGACUUCACUUUUCCUAAUAGUACCUCAAACUUCUAUGGCUAUAUGUCAACAGUUGUCAGUCACAGAACUGAAGACAAAGUUGUCUAUACAUGAAAAUUCCAUGACUGCCGGACUCUUGGAAGAAGAUGAGUGGAUUAAUUUAAGAGAAAACCUGACUGUACCGUGUGUCUUAGAAGCACUGAGCAUAAAUGUAAAUGAUGAGAGAAGACUUGAUAAUAUGAAUAUUGAAGAUUUUUCCAAAAUUACUAAUUUCCAGUUAGACAAAUGGCUUGAUGACAAGAAUCCCUACUGCGACAGCAACAUGAAGAUUUUCAGUAUCCCUCAUUAUACUGGGACCAAGGAUUUUUAUUCUCCUAAAAAAAAUGAGACUUUUUCUUUACUACCUCUGACACCUACUUCACUACAGUAUGGUAUUUCUACAGCCAACAACAAUGUAUCUACUGAAAAUAAUAUCAAACAAACCAAAUCACAAAAUGAAAUUGAAAAGCCAGUGCAGAUUGAAAGCCAUGAAGUAGAAAAAAACAAUCAAUUAGUCAGUUGCAAGAAAGUCUCUAUCUCAGCAAAUAGUACAUUAAGAAGCAAUAAGUCAGCUCUAUCUGAACAGCCUAGAAAAUGUAAAGAUGACUUUGAUCUUUUGAGUAAUUUUAUCAUGCUGAGAUCUAAACAGGUGAUCAGCCAAAGUGAGGAAGGAAAUAAUGUGGAUAUUCAAGAAGAAGUAUUUGAUGCUGAGGAAGAACAACCUUCACUUGAAAGCCACAAAAGUCCUGGUGUUCCUGGCAUGACAGUUCCUGUGGAAAACCUCCAUAGACAUAUGGAAAACCAAUCAAAAGACAAUCAUACAUUAGCUUUCAUCAAAAUUAAAACAUCAGAGUGUCAGUCUCAGGCAUAUCAUAUCCUGGAAGCUGCAGCGGCUCCAGUUUUGAAAGAACUUAUAAAGCUUGACAUGCAGAAUUGGAGAUUUGCCACACUUAAUUCUGAUAAUACUAGGUUUUUUUUGAAACAACAAGAGAAAGUGAUCGGUGACACAUUGAAACAAGGUAGCAAAGAGGCAAAGUAUAUUUUGGCAUUCAGACAUGCUGCUAUUCUUCAUUUGCUGGUUACAGUUCGUGAUCUUUUAUUAACCUGUAACUUGAACACUGCAUUAGAAUAUCUGUCCAAGACAAAAGAUUAUUAUAAAGAUUUCCAAGACUAUGACCUGGAUAUUAUUUGGAAACAGCUGAAAAUUGUGGAAUUUGUUGUGCAGGAGCACAAAGUCAGUCCCAAAGUGACAGAAUUACAGCAUCAAAUUUCUAAGUGGUUACAGAAUAAUGUAAAUGAUCAGAAUAAGGUAGUAAUUGUGAUUAGAAUGGAUUUUGAUGAAGAAACAGAAGUCCUGAUCAAUACCAUUAAUACAGUGCAAGGCUUGAAGGCCAUAUAUUUGAAUUCUAAGAAAAGAGGAAUGUUGUUUGAGAGUAAACAUAUAAUAAAUAGUUUGGAUGUAUAUUCUUGUAUCAUUGUAAAUAAUCAACAUAUUGGGCCUGAUUUCCCCUGGACCAGUUUUUCAUUGGUGAUAGAGUACAACUACAAUGAGAAUUCCUGUUGGAUUGAUCUAUGUAAAAAAAUGAAUAUACCUUACUUAAUUUUUCAAACAGUUCCCCCAGAAGCAAUUGAAACUGAAGAGUUUUUGUCUGAGAAUCUUGGAUAUGAUCUUCUGAGGUUGUCAAUUCCAUAUGUUUUUUUGACAUCUGAAGGACUUCUCAAUACCCCAGAAAUCCUUCAGUUACUGGAAUCCAAGUAUAAUAUUACUUUAAUUGAAAGAAACUGCUGUGAGGCCUUAAACUAUUUUGGAGGCACAGAACAUUAUGUUGUGAUGACUAUAGAUGAAUGCACAGCUAUUGUUAUGCAGAACAUGGAAGAACUCAAUUAUGAAAACUCCUCUAAUAAUAUUGUCUUAAGACUGAUGGCGCUAUCACUCCAGUAUGCCUCCUGUUGGAUUAUUUUAUACUCCAGAGAAAGAUUAAAUUCUAAAUACAGCCUAACUGGAAAAUCCCUGCAUCAUCUUGCUUUAAUUUAUGCAGCCUUGAUUUCUUUUGCACAGAAAUCAGAAGACUUUGAAGUGAAGAUGGCCCUUACACCAGGAGUUGAAGAAACAGCACUUUUGGUUCGCCAGAUAGCUGACCACGUAUUAUUAGCUUCUAAACAACAUCCACAGGAGUGGCUAAACAAGUCAUGGCUUUCUGUCCUGCUAUCAGAAGCAGAGAAAUGCUUGCUUACAUUUCCAUGCAUGAAUCCACUAGUUGCUCAAGUCAUGCUAAAGAAAAGUUCUUCACUGGGAUGGCUACUGGCAGCAUCUUUUGCUGAGCUUCAGGAACUUCUGCCUGAGGUGCCAGAAAAGGUUUUGAAGACUUUUAGUGACAUCACAUCAUUAUACAUCUUCAAGCCACUAACGCAAAAAGAAAUUACGCCUCUUCAAGGAAAUAUUAAUUCUGCCACCAGCUCUCGUUCUCAACUUCCAUUUCUUGAGGCUUUGUUCUCCAGAUUUCAAGGACAUAGUUCCUUUACUGAGUAUUCAGAAGAACAGAACAAAAACUAUUCCCCGGAUAUCGGCCAGAAUGGAUCUUGUGGCUCUCUGAAAUCAACUGAAGAACAUAACUUAGAUCUACCUUCAAUAUCAUAUGGAGACACCUGUCCCUUUCAGGAUAGUGUAAGAGUAGAGAGGCAGCUUUAUCUCCCAUUUCUGAAAAAAGUGGAAACGGAAACCAGAAUAAAUGCAUCGCAUUUAACACUGAAUAAUAUUGGAGGAUCUUCCCAUAACAACAAUGAAACCACAGUGCCAUAUUUGCACUGUAACCAGGACUCUGGCCCUUAUAUUGAGAAUUGCCCACUAAAUAGAAUUACUGUUUCAAAAGUGGACACAGGCAAACAGCUAGAUAUCUCUGAGUUCUUGAAGAAGCCUAUUUAUCAUGAUGCUAAAAAUGAACAUCUGGGAAAAAUUCAACCUCUUGUGCAACAGCUGAAUUUUUUCCAUGAUUUCAAGCAUUCUCCUCACUUCGUUUCUAGUAGAAAUGAUGUUCUGUUCCAGCAAAGCUCAGGCAAUUUUUUAGAAAUAGGAAGAAAAGCAAGCAGCAAUCCUGAAACAGAGGAAAGAUAUUGGGGUAACCCCCCAUUCAUACAAGCAAUGGAUUCUUUUCCCUGUGAUUCGCACGCAGGCAAAACCAUAUCCAGUCCAGACAGGUUCAUGAACUUGGAUAUUCAGUUUACUGGAGAAUAUAGGAGGGGGAAAGGAUCUAAUUCAUUAUCAGAUGAACAAAGACAACAAGACGUUUCAGGUUCGGAAGUUAUGCAAUUACCACAGCUUAAAAAAAGACGUUUAACAUUUGAAAAAGAUCCUAGGAGGCAUGACGGCCAAACACGUCUCAAGUUUUUUUAGAAGAAAUGGAGGCUAACACUUUUAAGAAUUUUGUUGUGUACAAUACAUAAAAACAAAGGUAGCAGACUUCAUCUUCUUUUAUAGCAGGGGUAGUCAACCUUGGCUCUUUUAUGACUCGUGGACUUCAGUUCCCAGAAUUCCUGAGCCAGCUUAGCUGGCUCAGGAAUUCUGGG